GCAAUUAGGAGUUGGGUGUCUUGCUCAGGGACACUUCAUCAUGGGGCAGCCGGGGCUCAAACCACCAACCUUUGUGCAUCCUCUCUACCCCCGCGCCACGACGACCCCAUCAGAUCAAAUACAGUGAAAAGAAACAGUGAAAUAUAAUUGCAAACCAUGUAAAUCACGAUCAAGUAACUGUGAACUAGUGAAAUAAACGAAACCAUGAUAAUGUCACCAUGUGUCCCUAAGUGAUUGGCCCCUCUCCACAUUGGAGCUCUUAUGUUACACAACAUGCGACCUAUCUCUCCUUGGGGACUGAAUCACGUGGACGUGACCGAGAGCGUAUUUGUGGGGGGGGGGUCGUCGGAUGAGAAACGGUCACUUGUAUUGACCAACCGAGCUGACCAGGAGAGAGAGAAUCCGCCUCAGCAGAAAGAAGGACCCCGGGAGUGAACUGGCCCUCAAACAUGGCAGAAGGAGUGUGUAAGCCCGAGGAGGACGAGGCGCCGAGCGCCGAGGAGGGGCCCCCGUCCCUGCGCGGGGUGGGCAUCUGUAAAUGGUUCAACGUGCGCAUGGGCUUCGGGUUCCUCUCCAUGACCGCCCGGGAGGGGGUCCCGCUGGAAGAACCGGUCGAUGUGUUCGUCCAUCAGAGCAAGUUGCACAUGGAGGGCUUCCGCAGCCUGAAGGAGGGCGAGGCCGUCGACUUCACCUUCAAGAAGUCCUCCAAGGGCCUCGAGUCGCAGAGAGUCACCGGACCUGGUGGCGUCCACUGUGUGGGCAGUGAAAGGAGACCCAAAGGCAAGAAGGUCCAGAAGAGACGUUCAAAGGGAGACAGGUGCUACAACUGCGGAGGCCUGGACCACCACGCCAAAGAGUGCAAGUUGCCCCCCCAGCCCAAGAAGUGCCAUUUCUGCCAGAGCAUCGACCACAUGGUUGCCAACUGCCCAAUCAAAGCACAACAGUCCUCGCCGGGUUCUCAGGGAAAGCUGUCGCCGUUGAAAGGAGACGAGGAGCGCAGCCACGCGGCGCCGCCUCCCGAGGCCUCAGAUUAAGCGAGGAAAUUUGGGGGCGACACCGGGGAGGGGGGGGAGCACAGCGGCCAAUCAAACUGCUUCGAUGGAGCGACGGGACACGCCCGUUGAAGCUGCUUUUGGAACUACCUCAGGUUAAACAAAUUUGCUGAAGAUGAAUGUUGCUGACGUUUUGGUUUUAGUUUAGUUUUUCACUUUGCGUAACACACACUCAGGAAUAACUCUGUAUUAUUGCACUCAGGAUGCUUUUUUUUUUUUUUGUUCAAAUCACUGCUUUUGCCUCAGGGGUU